UAGAACCCAUGACCUCUGACUCCAAAGCCCGGGCUCUUUCCACUGAGCCUCGCUGCUUCUCUGCGAUGGCUAGCGAUGGCUAGCGGGGGCUCGGGGAAGGCGAGUGGCGAGGCGGCCUCUGCUCCUCCCGUGCCCAGCGGUUCACAGCAGCAGCAGCAGCGCAGGAGGUUGGUGUCUCUGUGCGACCACUGCAAGGGGAAGAUGCAGCUCGUAGCCGACCUGCUGCUGCUGUCCAGUGAGGCGCGGCCCGUGCUGCCCGAGGGCCCCGCAGCGGCAUCGUCGUCGUCAUCCUCGGCUGGGGGCGAGUCCUUCGAAAAGUGCCGGGACACGAUCAUCGCGCGCACCAAGGGCCUGUCCAUUCUGACUCACGACGUGCAGAGCCAGCUGAACAUGGGCCGCUUUGCCGAGGCCGGGGCCAGUCUGGGCGAGCUGGGCGACCUGGUGGUGUCGCUGACUGAGUACUCGGCCCAUGCGGCCUACCUAGCGGCCGUGGCCGCCCCGGGGGCGCGGCCGGCCCAGCCGGGCCUGGUGGACCGCUAUCGCGUGACCCGCAGCCGGCACGAGGUGGAGCAGGGCUGCGCGCUGCUGCGGGCCACGCCGCUGGCUGAGCUGACCCCGGCGCUGCUGCUGGACGUGUCCCAGGGCUUGUCCCGCCACCUGCGCUUCCUCACGGACGCCUGCGCCCUGGCCAGCGAGGGCUCCCGCGACCGCUUCGCCCGCGAGCAGUUCAAGCUGGCCGUGCGCUGCAUGAGCACCAGCGCCUCGGCCCUGCUAGCCUGCGUGCGGGAGGUGAAGGCGGCCCCCAGCGAGUUGGCCCGCGGCCGUUGCGCACUUUUCAGCGGGCCCCUGGUGCAGGCCGUCGGGGCCCUGGCUGGCUUCGCCACCGAGCCCCAGUUCCUCGGCCGCGCUGCCACCGUCGGCCCCGAGGGCAAGGCGGUGCAGACGGCCAUCCUCGGCGGGGCCAUGAGCGUGGUGUCGGCCUGCGUGCUGCUGACCCAGUGCCUCAGGGAGAUCGCCCAGCACCCUGACGGGGGCGCCAAGACGGGCGAGCAACGCGAGCGGCUGCGCAGCUCUGCCUGCGCCAUCUCCGAGGGCUGCGACCUGCUCUCGCGGGCGCUGAGGGACCGCUCCUCGCCCAGGACUCUGCCGCCCGAGGGGGCCGAUUCUGUGAAUUAGCCCGGCGGUGGCGGCGGAGGAUCUGGGGCCGAGGCCCUGCUCCGCCAGACCAAAGACCUGCCACCCCCUCCCCUGUUCUCGCCGUGGAAGGCCUGCCCACCUCCCUGGCGGGGCGCGCACGCCCCCACUCAUCCCGGUCCUAGUGAGGCACGCACACCCCGCUUCUCUCCAUCCUCGUGUGGCACUCAUGCCCCGCUCCUCCUCAUCCUCAUGGCGCACAUGCCCCCGCUCCUCCCUGUCCUCGUGUGGCCCGCAUGUCCCUGCUUCUCUCCAUCCUCGUGUGGCACGCAAGUCCCUGCUCCUCUCCAUCCUCGUGUGACACACCCACCCCACUCCUCUCCAUCCUCAUGUGGCACUCGCCCCCGCUCCUCUCCCUCUUCAUGAGGCACGCACGCCCCCGCUCCUCUCCAUCUUCAUGAGGCACGCACACCCCACUCCUCCCCAUCCUCGUGGCACGCACGCCUCCAUUCCUCCCCAUCCUCGUGUGGCACACACGUUCCACUCCUCUCCAUCCUCAUGUGGCACACAGGUUCCACUCCUCUCCGUCCUUGUGAGGCACACAGUUUCCACUGCUCCUCAUCCUCGUGGCACACAUGCCCCCACUCCUCCCCAUCCUUGUGUAGCACACACGUUCCACUCUUCCCCAUUCUCGUGUGGCGCACACACACCCCACUCCUUCCCAUCCUCAUGGUGCGCAUGCCCCCGCUUCUCCCCCCCGUCCUCAUGUGGCACACACGUUCUGCUCCUCUCCAUCCUUGUGUGGCACGCACACCCCGCCCCUCCCCGUCUUCGUGUGGCAUACACGCCCUGCACCUCUCCAUCCUCGUGUGGCUUGCAUGCCCCGCUCCUCCAUCCUCGUGUGGCGUGCAAGCCCUGCUCCUCCCCGUCCUCAUGGUGCACACACUCCGCUCCUCUCUGUCCACGUGUGACAUGCACGCCCCGCUCCUCUCCGUUCUCAUGUGGCACGCACACCCUGCUCCUCUCCAUCCUUGUGGUGCGCACGCCCCUGCUCCUCUCCAUCCUCGUGUGGUGCGCACGCCCCUGCUCCUCUCCAUCCUCGUGUGGCGCGCACGCCCCGCUCCUCUCCAUCCUUGUGUGGCGCGCACGCCCCACUCCUCUCCAUCCUCGUGGUGCGCACGCUCUGCUCCUCUCCAUCCUCGUUUGGCACACACACCCCGCUCUUCUCUAUCCUCGUUUGGCACGCACACCCCGCUCCUCUCCAUCCUCGUGUGGCACACACAUUCCGCUCCUCUCCAUCCUCGUGGUGCGCACACCCCCGCUCCUCCCCAUCCUCGUGGGGUACACACACCCCACUCCUCCCCAUCCUCCUGGCAAGCACGCCCCAUUCCACUCCAUCCUCGUGUGGCAGGCAAGCCCCGUUCCUCCCCAUCCUCGUGGCACACAUGCCCCCGCUCCUCUCCAGCCUCGUGACGAACACGCCCCCCUUCUCCCCACUGUUGUGCGUGACCCUCUUCCUCCCCAUCCUUCUGGCGCAUGCGCCCCCCUCAACACCAAGUGCGGUUUCCGCACCUGAGCGGCCCCAACGGGGAGGACUUUGGGGGCAAGGGCAGGGCCCAGAGAAGAGGGCUGGAAUCGCGCUGGGUGCGGUUUUCGCCUUUUAAGGAAAGUCCUGUCUUGUCCGUCUUCCAUCCACACUGUACCGUUACGGGGCGCAGGAAGGAGACUGGGUUGGUUUUUCUCUUUCUCUUAAAAAAUAAAAAAGAAAAAAAAGGUUACCUCAGUUUUCACACAUCAGACAACUAGAUGAUGGAUGUAGCUACCUUUCAGCGGGGAGUGUGCUGUCCUGGGUUUUUUUUUUUUUUAAAAAAACUAGUGUUAGGUUAGCGAGAGAGAGUGGAAGUUAUGACUUGCCAGGCAACUUACAAACUGGGGGAAAAGCUACUGUGAGUGUUUAAAGAAUUUACACUAUAACAAGUGAUUAUUUUUUUUUCAGUGUCAGUUUUUAUCUUGCAUGUACUGGAGUAUUUAUUUCAUCUAUUAAAAUGUUAUGUUUCUCAGA